AGUCCGCGCUGUGUCCCGGCACGCAUGCGCAGCCGGCACGCGGCCGCCCCGCCCCCACCCGUUCAUUGGGGCAACCGUUGCGGGCCGCCUGCGCCCUGAUGUGGGACAGGAGGCCGCUGACAUCCCCCUUUUCGGCCCUGAGGUACCCCGGCCUGUGGCCGCAGGACGUUCCCGUCGGAUGGCGGAGUGUGAGCACCGCUCAUGAAGCCUGUGGUCCUAGUUGCGCUGUGGCUAUGGCCUUCGUUCCUGCUGGCUUAUCCAACUAUAACCGUGUUGCCCGAUGAAGAGCAGAAUUUGAAUCAUUACGUACAAGUUUUACAGAACCUGAUAAUGAGUGUUCCUACCAGGGAGCAGCAGGGCUCUGAGAGACCGCCCAACCCCUUAGGGACCGUGGAGGUUCCAGAACCGAGGACGCUCGCCUCUGAGCUGAUACACACCACUGAAGAAGUCACCUCUGGAGAAGUCACCUCUGCAGAAGUCAGCCAUGCAGAAGUCACCACUGGAACCGUCACCCCUGAAACCGAUAUUCUGAUGAGGCCCUUCAACGACGAAGUAACAACCUUCCCGUCCAGCAGCUUCACGCAGGGGAUGAAAAGGAAAAGAAAAACCGAAAGUACACCUUUCUGGUCCAUCCGGCCAAACAACGUUUCUAUUGUUUUACGCACGGAGGAACCUUUUAUUGAAAAAGAGGAGCCGGAGCCGGAGCCCGAGCCCGAGCCCGAGCCCGAGCCCGAGCCCGAGCCCGAGCCCGAGCCGGAGCCGGAGCCGGAGCCGGAGCCGGAGCCGGAGCCGGUGCCAGACCUCGAGUCGGAGCCGGAGCCGGAGCCGGAGCCGCGGACAGAACCGCCGUCUAGACCAACCCUGCCUGAGCCAGAGACGUGGCCUGACCUAGAGCCGGAGUUUGGGCCAGAGGAAGACCUGGGGAUAAACACGAGGCAGACCACGCAGUCGACAGAGACGCCGAGGCCGCCGUCCACGGCCUCCCAGCCCUGGCUGAGUACCCGGGUGACCGUGACCGCGCGGACCACCAGCAGCAACAUGGACGUCUCCACGGAGUCCGAGGACGUGCCCCAGCUCUCCGGCCACUCGGAAGCCCAGAGCGUGGAGGACUUCCCUGGACAUCGCUCACUCCGCAUGAGGCAGGAGGACAUCUUGAGAAAAAUUUCCAAUAUUAAUGCCCAGAUCAAGAACCAAGGGCCGCUUCAUGACGCCAACAACCGCCAGUACAAGGAGUACAUCAAGGCCUCCAGGGAGCACCUGAAACGGAGCAUGGCCCUGGCUGCAGCUGCGGAGCACAAGCUGCAGGAAAUGUACAGGUCUCACGUCUUCUCAGAGGGACGGGGCGGCGACUCGGUCGACGACAUGGAGACGGUUAUCGACACGCUGUACAAUUCCAGAUCCAAGCUGCCGGAGUAUUUAAGCGUUCACGGUGUACCAUCAGAGCUGAAAGAAAAGGUCACUAUCGUGAUUAAUGUGUUGAAAAAACUUUUAUGUGUAGAUCAGGUAGAAACGCAACGCCUCAUUAGGAAGCUGUUAAGCAAUAAUAUGAAAAUUCUAAAUAUUCUUGAUGUCCCAUGAGCAAACUCAUUUAAGCAAAAGUCUUGUUCACAGGAAAAUAAGCAUAUUAGUGAUUUCAAAAGUUGCCUAAAAAUAUUUCUAUUAUAUUUCCAUGUGCUAACAUCCAUAUGUGUCCUGUCAUAAAAUAUUUUCAUAUGCACUAAAAACCUAACAACUUUAAAAUAAAAAUUUGAUUCAUAAGCUUGUAGUUUUUUUCUCAUUACUUUAACAAGUUGUGAAGAGCUAGCCUCUACCAUUAAGAUUUGAGUCCACCAACUAGCAGUGCUCAGACCCGCCCACUGUACGAGCUUAGAGACUGCUCUCACUCUGUAAUGCAGCCAGUUCUAAAUAGCUGCAGAGCGCCCGGGUUUUCUGUAUGAUAGCACACUCAGGGCCAGCACCCGAAGCACCUCCACGUAGGCGUAUGCUGCUUCCUGCUUCCUUGGAGAGGGGUAAUACAGGGAAACAUACUGUUUCGCCUCGGUCAUUGGUGAGGGACCCUAACCUGGAUCUUUAAUGAGGUCAUCCUCACAAUUCCCUCCCUUUGCUUUCAUUCAAACACAUUAAAAAUGUAUAAAUCCUUUCUAGCAAGUCUGACUAACACCAAUUAAACUGGCUGUAUAAUGUCAUGAAAGUGUAGUUUUGUUUCGUAGCUUAACCAGAAUUGUAUUUAAGCUCAUUUACAUAGACAUUGACCAGUCACUUACAGACCAAUAAAGAUUUAUGGACUCUGCACCAGAACAAAAUGGUAGGCUUUGGGGACAGAGUGAAGAGUUAUUUCCCUCUCUAAGAUUAUACUGUAACAAGGAAGCUGGACAUUGAACAAAAACUGUCAUCUCUUAAGUUUCCAGUUGAGACAAGCUGUUACGGAAGGUGGCUGUCCAGCCUCAUCUAGAAUGCUGAGAAAAGUAGCCUCAGCCAAUGGUGUUUGAGGGGAGACCUGACAGAUGAUGUACGCUUGGUGGACGAGAAUGUUCCAGGUGGAGGAAGAGCAUGUGUGAACACUGAGCUGAGGCCAAGGAUGAGAAAGUCAAGAAAUGCCUGGAGCAUAGAAAGACCAGAGAGAACAUUCCAAGACAGAGCAGGCACAUAAGCUCAGAAAAAAAGCUUGUAGGCCUCAUGAUAUAUGUUUAUCCUGAGAUCGGCAAGAAGCAGUCUAUAGAUUUUUAAGCAAAGGACUGGUGUGAUCAAGUUUGUAUCAUAUGUACACACACGUGUGUGUGUGUUUUAAAACAACACUCUAGCUACACACUUUUAGAGGCAGGCUGAAGUAGACAGGAGCUGUUCACAUGCCAGGUUUAGCUUGGAUUAGAUGUUCACUGUGUUUAUUUAAAAUAACCUACUAUGGAAAAUCUUAAGCAUUGCAAAGAUGAGCAAUAAUGUGGCAGCAGUAUGCAGCUAUCAUCCAUUUUGAACAGUCGUGUUCUGAUGGACACAGUGCCUGUCCAGCCCUCUCCCCAACCCCAACUUCCUGUAUGCUCAGCUAGAUAUUUCUUCUCCAGCUCCAACCGUCUGGGGCUCUCUAAGCUUCUGACAAACACUUUCCAAAUGUUCAUAACAGCAUCACCACAUGGAGUUAAUGGUAUCUAAUCAAUGUUUAAUUUUAAAAAGUGAUUAGACAAUGGGAAAUUUGGAGUUUCUUUGUACAAAUUAAGAUCAAAUAAAGUUCACACAUUGUUAUU